CCAGAAAAAUAAAUCAAUGUGUCUAUGCUUGUGGUGCUUCGUACAUUCCACGCACAUUCGCGAUCCAUUCGCCGAGGCCAAUUAAGUUGGUUUAAUUUGGUGAAAAGCGCACGCACUAUGUAAUUAACCAAUAAAUGGGACUGCAAGGAUGCCCCUUUAAUCGCCAGGUCAACUGUGUUAUCAACUUAUUUUAUUCGCAAUUUUGUCUGUUUGCAGGAGAGCUCCUUCUCGCAACUAUUGAAUCAGCAUCAAAUUGCUGAUUAGACCUGACUAGAGGCAAUAAACUGUAUAAACCAGCACGCUAUCUAAAGAUGAACAAUUACACUUCGGAUAGCAGCGAUGGAGAGACCGGUAAUAAGGCGAUAGAUCUGGCCUACCUGCUCAAGAACCCCGAGUCAGUGGAUAAGUUGCUAGCCCAGUACUUCGAGAAUGGUUCAAAGAAGUUUUUAGACGUAGAAAAUAUGAUUUUACACCAUAACGAGCUAACUGCAUUACCCAGCAACCUAACAAGAUUCAUCAACAUGCGAGUGCUGGAUUUGAGCAACAACGGCCUCACAGUCCUGCCGAAUAUCUUCCAGUACUGCCAGCUGAGCAAGCUCGUCGCGAAGAACAACCGUCUGGAUAAUGAGGCUCUGCCGAAGGACUUCAGCUACUGCCCGACGCUGAAAGAGCUCAACCUGGCCGGCAAUAAUUUAUCGGAGUUUCCAGACCAAAUACUCACGUUCACCAGCUUGAGAUAUCUGUAUUUGGGCGGCAAUGGGAUGAAGAAUAUCUCCAAGGAAAUAUGGAGGUUCAAACAGUUGCAAGUGCUUUCUUUGGGUGGAAACAACAUCUCAGACGUGCCAGUUUCAGUGGGGUUGCUCAAGAGCCUGCAGGCUUUAGUUUUAUGCGAUAAUCAGCUUGAGAGCCUGCCCGCUAGUGUAGCCAAUUUACACAAUCUGCGCUCUUUGUUGAUCCAUAAAAAUCGGCUUAAAACCUUGCCUCCUGAAAUUAUAGCGCUACGGAACCUUUCAGAGUUGAGCUUAAGAGACAAUCCGCUGGUUGUACGGUUUGUAAGCGACAUCCAACAUCAACCGGCCAGCUUAUUGGAAUUAUCAGCCAGAGCCAUUAAGCUCCAUAAUAUUAGCGCGCCUGUUGGAGAUCUCCCCCAUUCCCUUGCUCAGUACCUGGAGUCCGCGCAUCGAUGCGUAAACCCGCACUGCAAAGGUGUGUAUUUCGACAACAGGGUGGAACACAUCAAGUUUGUGGACUUUUGCGGAAAGUACCGCAUUCCACUGCUGCAGUAUUUGUGCUCCUCGAAGUGCGCUAGUUCGCCAAACGAAGAGGUCAUAAAGCCUCAUAGGACUUAUUUGAUGAAAAAAGUUCUUUUGGGCUGAGGCCUUAUAUUAAAUAGCAAUACAUUUUA